AUGGAGACUCAAACCGUCUUGAUCCUCACCAACUCGGAACCCGGCCAGUCCAAUGUCCAACUAGCCGUGGCUCACGAGAUGCUUCUGCGCUCUGGAUACGACAUCCACAUUGCCUCGUUUCCCAUUCUGGAAGGGAAGAUCAAGGAGCUCAAUACAUAUGCUGGAGAAUGUGCCACCAAUUCAGAGACUGCAACAUUUCAUGCGCUGGAGGGUCCAACUUGUGUCGAAGCCGUUCGACAGAACUUCACCCACGACAGCUUCAUGGGCGUGAAGCCAGGCUAUGGCGUCCGCGCUGCAGUCAACGUGUACUCGAACCAGCUACCCCUCAUCGCCUCUAUGUGGAAUUCUGAAGACUACCUCACGGUCUAUGACAGCUGCAUCAAAGUGAUUGAUGAGGUGAAGCCCAAUCUGAUCGUCGUCGACUUGCUUCUUCAGCCCGCCAUCGAUGCCUGCUCCGUCAGCAAAGUCAAUCACUGCUUCCUGGGACCGAACACUUUACUUGAACAUAUCCCUACUCUCCGACUGACCAAGCCGUGGAAAUAUCCCCAAUUGAACUCCGGGUUCCCGUUCCCCCUCCCAUGGAGCCAGGUCCUACCCAACAUCUACCUAGCUUUCCGCUUGAUCCUCAGCCUAGUGACCUCCCGUCGCCUGAAGGAUGUCUCAGAAGCUCGCAACGCACACGGUAUUCCAGGCCGCUAUCCACCAGCCACAACCUCCGUGCCAUCCAUCAUCACUUCUCUCCCAGAGACAGACUUCCCUUGCAAGAUUUCAGCAAACAUUACCUGCUGUGGACCUAUUCUGCGACCCUGCAAGCCGAUCGAAGAGCAGGACCCCGGGUUGGCGCUCUGGUUGGCUCAGAGACCAACCGUACUUGUGAACCUGGGCUCCGGUUUGAUCUGGGAUACACAGCGCACAAUUCAAUUCGCGGAGGGUAUUCGUGUGUUACUCCAGCGUCGCCAGUGGAUCCAGGUCCUCUGGAAACUGCAGAGUAGUUCGGCCAUGGGCUCUGUUGAGUGCGAUGAGGAUGCCUUGAGCGGUAUUCGUGAGAAUAUUGAUUCUGGUCAGGUUAAGAUUAUGGAUUGGUUGCCGGAUCCGAUUUCGAUUCUGCAGAGCGGGAAUAUCCUUUGCAUGGUGCACCAUGGUGGAUCGAACUCGUUUCACGAGGCUAUCCAAGCUGGUGUUCCCCAUGUCGUGCUCCCUGUCUGGUUCGAUACCUAUGAUUUCGCUACUCGUGCUGAGUGGUUGGGCAUUGGGGUCUGGGGCAAUAGAUCUGCUGCACCACAUAUCGAUGGUGCGGAGCUGGGUGAUGCUUUGGUACGAGUGAUUGCCAGCGAUGAGUCUGUGAACAUGUUCUUGAAGGCCCAGGAAAUAAUGGGGAACUUGGGAGAAGGACGGGUGAUUGCUUGUGAGAAAAUCAUUGAGCUUCUGGAGGCCAGCCGAGAUGAACAACAGGAGAGUGAUCAAUGA